ACUUAAUAUUUUCUAUUUAAUUUAAUCAUUUUGCAAUUCAGAGGAAAUCCACAGAGAAUAGAUACUGCCUCCUCCAACAAGCGAAUUAUAUUUACUUAUGAGCAGUGUCUGAUGUAUAUGUACCAUUAUCCUGAUAUAUGGUAUGACUAUGCUACAUGGCAUGCAAAAGGUGGUUCGAUAGAUGCUGCAAUCAAAGUAUUUCAAAGGGCUCUGAAGGCUCUCCCUGAUUCAGAAAUGCUACGAUAUGCAUAUGCAGAGCUAGAGGAGUCCCGUGGAGCAAUUCAGGCUGCAAAGAAAAUAUAUGAAAGCCUUCUGGGAGAUGGUGUCAGUGCAACAGCACUUUCUCAUAUUCAAUUCAUGCGUUUUUUAAGAAGAACUGAAGGUGUUGAAGCUGCUAGGAAGUACUUUUUAGAUGCUCGCAAAUCUCCAAGCUGUACAUAUCAUGUUUAUGUUGCUUAUGCUAUGAUGGCAUUUUGUCUCGACAAGGAUCCCAAGAUGGCUCAUAAUGUUUUUGAAGCAGGGCUAAAACGCUUUAUGCAUGAGUCUGUUUAUAUUCUCGAAUAUGCUGAUUUCUUGACUCGUUUGAAUGAUGACCAAAAUAUACGUGCAUUAUUUGAGAGGGCAUUAAGUUCACUUCCACCUGACGAAUCAGUUGAGGUCUGGAAAAAGUUCACCCAGUUUGAGCAAACUUAUGGGGAUCUUGCUAGCAUGCUCAAGGUUGAGCAACGAAGGAAAGAAGCACUUUCUGGAGGGGAAGAUGGUACGGCAGUAUUAGAGAGUUCUCUGCAAGACAUUGUAUCACGGUACAGUUUUAUGGAUCUGUGGCCGUGCUCCUCUAAUGAUCUUGAUCAUUUAUCUCGACAAGAGUGGCUUGCCAAAAAUUUCAAUAAGAAAGUGGAGAAGGCUAUUUCGCUUAAUGGGGUGACUCUUUUAGAUAAGACAUCUAUGGCAAGCAUUUCAACUACGACAACAAAAAUUGUUUAUCCUGAUACUUCAAAGAUGGUGAUAUAUGAUCCAAAACAUACUCCUGUUGCAGGUUCUGGAACAAAUGCAUUUGAUGAAAUUCUUAAAGCUACACCACCUGCUUUGGUCGCAUUUUUGGCAAAUCUACCUGCAGUUGAAGGUCCAAUGCCAAACGUGGAUAUCGUGCUAUCAAUUUGUUUGCAGAGUGAUUUACCAACAGGACAAAGUGGGAAAACAGGGAUUCCAACACAAGUACAAAGUGGUAAAGCAGGGAUUCCGGCACAGUUGCCAGCAGGUCCUGCUCCUGCUACAAGUGAACUUUCUGGUUCAAGCAAGUCUCACCCUGUUCAAAGUGGCGUAUCUAUGAAACCAACCAGUAAUAGACAAUAUGGGAAAAGGAGGGAUUUAGAUAGGCAAGAGGAUGAUGAUACUACAACUGUCCAAAGUCAACCACUUCCCCGAGAUGCUUUCCGGAUACGUCAGUAUCAGAAGGCUCGAGCCAGCAGUGCUUCACAAACAGGAUCAGUUUCAUAUGGAAGCGCAUUUUCCGGCGAUUUAUCUGGAAGCACUGGUUGUUAAAGUAUUGUUAAACCACUUUUUGGAGGCCAAUGUAAAUUUGAAAGACUUUCCAUGAACACAUAACAUUAUCCAUUUGCCUGUAGGCUUAUAGAUAAAUUAUGAACAUGAUGUAUAUCCAGGUUCCUGCCUUCUUCAUUUUCUUGUUUCUUAAAAUUAUAUGACAAGGCAAAAGGACUACAAUCUUUGCACUAGUGUAACAUCAGCUCUUGGAAGCAUUAAUGCAUCAAAAGGAGCUUGAACUUUCAUGGAAGAACCAUACUUGUCUCUGAAGUGCUAGAGUAGAGACUGAUCUUGUAAAACUAUUCUUCCCAUGCAGGAAUGUAACAUCUUUUACAAAAAUGUUGUGUAUUUUUAUUUUGCUAUAUUAUUGGAGGUGCAAGAAACCCGGUUUCCUAAUGAAGGAUCAAGUUUUCAAUAUAAUGAUUGUACAACAUUGGCAAUUUAACAUUUAUUUUGUGAACA